ACUAGUGAUUGAGGGACCACUUUCCACGCUAGAACACAAUGUUCAAGAGGUAGUCCGUUCGUUCACCUGCAUGUACCGCGAGAUUAAAAGUAUGGCCGAAAGGUCCGUAGAACAGUUUGUUAAAAUCAUGGAGCAGUUUAAAAAACUCCUUGCUAUGAUGAACGACGCAUCCAAAGCUUAUCUUGCUCAGCUAGAGAGGGAUAUUGAGAAUGCGACUGCAGAAACACGAGCAAAUAUUGAGGCUACGAAACGAGACGUGGAAAAAAAGAUGAGAGAAAUGAAGGAAGUAGCGGAAAGCAUUGGAGAUGUGCUGAAUACCCCAGGUAGUAUGAUUUCAGGUUUCUGCGAUGGUGUUACUAUGGCUGGAGGGGGUGUUCUUGAUUCUUUAUUUGAUGCUGGAAGGGGUUUUGUUGAUGCUUUUGAGGACAUUUUUACCGGGCGUCGAAAAAGGUCUUCCUGUGAACCACCAAACAUAAUUGAUGUUCCAGAUUUAGAUUUAUCUGCGUUUGAUGGGAUUUCUUUGGAUGCACUGAAAAACAUUGUCCGGGACCUAAAUCCGAACUUAGACCUCAUCGAUAUGGACUUUGAUAUGCUUGCAGCGGAGAUCGAUUCAAGCAGUAUUAGAAAAAUUCGUGACACACUUCAGGGAAUCUUCAUGCACGCUUUCGAAUCCACGAAAAUUAUAGCGCGAUGGGCUUCCAAGAUUUUCUACAUUAGCAUUAUCCUUAUCAUCUAUGAUGCAUAUGUUUACGUAGGCUCAUUUUACAAGGAUGAUGCGUUCGAUAACAUGACCAUCAACCACAGUUUUAAGGAAAUCUGCGAGAAAGAGAAAAAGCCUAAGGUGACUCCGAUGAGAUGCUGGGAGCUUAAGGAAAAGUACCAUCUUGCGGUCAGCAUGAUUUUAAGCAAAAAGGAAACAAUAUCUUUGGUUACGGAAAGUAUCCCAAGUUUAUGUGCUGCAAUUGUCAUCUCUGGCAUCCUGCUCAUGGACUACCUCUUUGCUGUUACUCUCGAGGCAUUCAAAGAACAUGCGAGUUUCGGAAUCACGUUCCCCGGGAUGGAACAGGGGAUUUCAUUCGGAAGCACCCUGAAAGAGGCAACAGGCCAGAGUCUCUCCAACACGAUAAGGAUCGACGGAUUCGACCUCUCCACGGACAAAUGUUUGCCAAGCCCACAGAGGACGAAUAAUUCUUCGAUAUGGCCUAUAUUCGCUAUUAUAAUCGCUGCAUUACUUUCUUGUGUGAUAGAAGCUUACUUCAGUCGUCUCAGGCAGAUUAUCUGCAACGCUUACUACCCCAAACGAGCUCAAGAGAGGGCCAUCUAUCUUCACAAAAAAAUAAUGUCGGGAAGAAGAACGAGGCAGCUGCAACUGGGACUCAUUCUUCACAGAGAGAUGAGCUGCAAAGAACGGAGCGCGGAGUUCUCUCCGUUCCAGCAAGUUUGGCGACUGUUCUCAACUCAGAAAGGGCCCACAACCUUGAAGACCUGUUUGGGGUGUAAGGAACCACUGAAGGAAGACACAUCUUCCGCCUACACUUUCCGGCACAACGGAGAGAAAGUGAGCGCGGAGAUUUGCUCUGACUGUGCAAAGGAACCAAACGAAUGAAGUUUGCAUUGGCAUUGGUGUAAUGUUAACCUAAAGUAUGUUGCAAUGUUGCAUUAUACCUUAUCGAACCUUAUUUGCAUUAUAGUGCACAGUAAUUGGAGACACGCACGUUACCGUGCAAAGAUUUACAAUCGAUAUUUUGAGCAGUUUUGCGGUUAUUAAAAUAUUAACUUGUGUGAAGAGUUUUACAUUUAAAUCGGCUAUCUCUUCGGUUGGGAUGGAUAUUUUUGAUGCGGUAAAACUGACAAUCAAAGAAAACCAUAAGCUUAUUCCCUGUGUCCACGGGCCUUUUAGAUUAAGUGAUACCCAUUACCUAGGUUAGGCAAACUAUUUGGUGUAAGAGGCAAGCCUAAACUAUUCGGUUAGAUUCAGAGUUGAAAAAUACGUACUUUAAAACUUUAAAACUAUCUCACGUAUUUUUCAACUCUAGAUAAAUCAGUAUUUUGUACUUCCAUUCAUAUUGUAUUCGUAAUCGUAUAAAAUAUGUACUUAAAGUUUAAACAAAUAGCAAAUUAAUUUUGAUUUUAGAAAAAGAUGCACUGUGCGCUAGUUAUAAGUCUGUAGUCAAGUUUUUUGGCAUUUGUUUUUCUUAAAUUAGUUUAAUAUAUUUUAAUAGUGUACUUUUAGAUGACUUUGUCUACCUUGGAAGCAGAAUAAUAAGUGCGGAGAAGGACUUUGAUGUUAGGAAAGCAAAGGCAUGGGGGGCCUGUCAUCAGUUAAAGACAACCUGGAAGUCUGGAAUGCGCAGGGACUUAAAGAUCCGUGUCUUUCGAGCAACGGUUGAGCCCGUACUCCUGUACGGCUCUGAAGCUUGGACGAUAAGCCAAUCCAUGACUAAGCGGAUCAAUGGAUGCUACACUAGAAUGCUCCGGAUGGCCUUGAACAUACGUUGGCCACAAAUCAUCAACAACAGUGAUUUAUACGGCAACAUCCCCAAGCCAUCAGCGAUGAUAGCCUCCAGAAGAAUGAGACUGGCUGGACAUGUAGCCAGGCAUGACGACCUUCUGGCAAACCAACUUCUGUUCUGGGACCCUCAGCAUGGAUACAGGAGACCGGGGAGGCCCCACCUUACGUUUCUGGACAUGCUAAAGAAGGACACCAGCCUUUCCUGUGUUGAAGAGAUAAGAUCUGUUAUGCUUGACCGCGACGUGUGGCGAGGAAUUGUAGUUGCUCGGACCAAGAAGCCGACUUAAGUCAAGUCAGUGUACUUUUACGGUGUAAGAGAGUUAACAUAUCGGUGUAUUUUAUACCACGUAUUAGGAUAAACAUAUUGGGGUAUUUUAUAUUAUACCACGUUAUUAUUAACAAUAGAUUAGUGAGAUCACU